UGUUGUGGGAGUCAGCCCCGGGGAGCCGUUCUCAUCCCCUCCAUCGCGCGCUGCAGGCAGGCGGCCAGAAUACGGCACAGAUCUUGGACUUGACUAAGGGAAAAGCCCACUCGUGCAGGCACCGUAUCUCGGUUCCCCGAACUCUACCGCCGCGCUGCUGGCGGCGGCUAUUAUGGGAAAAGCCCGCUCGUGGCCAAGCCAAACCGGACCGCAGUGAAAUUCGGUUCGGUCCAGUCGCGGCCGCACCUCAGAGUAGGCAGGUUAAGAUCGUGAGGUGAGGUGAACCCCAGUCCAGCGCAGUGGAAAACAAAGAAUCUCGCCGAGAACACGAUGAGUCACCUGCCCGACGACGCCUUGGUGGAGGUGAUGCAGUACCUAGACGUGCCAGACCUCUUGUCCUGCCGCCUCGUGUGCAAGAGGCUCGCGGCUUUGGCGCUGCACCGGGACGCGUGGCGGCACCGGCAGCUCGCCUGCAGCGACCGCUAUUUGUGCGUGGCGCUGCGCCUGGCGCCGUGCCUGGACAAGGCGGAACUGCAGCUGCCGCUGCGCGGCCGGCUCAUGAUCGCCACCACCACCACCUGCGCCGUGGCCGAGCUGAAGCUGACGACGGGCUGCGCUAAGAGAGGCGCUAUGCAGGCCGCCCUCCUGACCCGUCAUCAGGCAUCGCUCGGGCGCCUCAAGCGCCUCUCGCUGGUCUUUGGCGAUGAGGAUACAUCCCCGUGCCCCUGGCUCCUGUUCUGGACGGUGGCGUCGACGAGUGGCCUAGAGAGUCUCGUGAUUCUGGGGUUCCCUAGCCGCUUCGACCGCAUCUCCAAGAAAAGGAAGUAUCUUCCGGACAGACCCGUCUCCUCGCCGUCCUUGAAAAUUUUCCGGUGCGAUUUUCACCGGAAGUCGGCGUCCUUUGUGCACUUCAUCCUGGCCGAACACGCGGAAACCCUGAGGGAUGUUAGCAUCCCCACGAUGACUUCGCCCUCGGAUCCGGUGACGGCGUCCCUGCUCGCCAGCAUACCCAACCUCAGCGGGCUAGCGUGCCCUCUGCUCCCCGGGCUGGACGCGUUAGCAGGGCGCGUGAAGGAGGGCCUGUGCUACGCGCAACUCGUCGUCUCCUCGGCCAUGCGACCCUUUGCCCCGGCGGCCGCGGACUUCUUGCGACGCGCCAACGACCUGUGGGCCUUCACUCUGAGCAUCGAUUCCGGCGACGACGUCGCCCUGGAGCUAGUCGAGGCCCUGGUCUCGUCCGGCGGGUCCGAAGUGAGGGAGGUGGGCCUUCAGGGAUCCCUAUGCGCAUUAGGUGUACUGCAGCAGAUGAUCGGUAAGCUGACUUUGCUGCCUUCCUUGCGGGUGCUAAAGCUGCAAGGCCCGCCGGCCGGCCCUCGCUGCGUCCACGGCUGGCUGCACUGCGACGCCGUGAAAAGGCUCAUGUAUGAGAACCGCCGUGUGCGGCUCUUCGCUUAUGAUCACCUGCCCAGGCACUGCCAAGAUGCGCUCUGCCCUGAUUGUAUGACUGGCUGUAGGAGAACAGUGCUGUCACAAUGUUCACAACUCAUGAAUCGAGUUGUAGACAAUGUAGCCGACUGUUAUAAUAGCGCCAGCGGGAAAAGGAGGAUGAUUCGUGAGGAGGAUAUGAUAGAUAUUUACAUGGCGCCAUUUUAACCGAUGCGGCGUGCUGGCUGUUGGCUGCAAUUACGGUGGUUUGUUUUACCAUGUGUCGU